UCUUCCACCAUGGGGAAACCGGAGGCCCCAGGCCUCUACCGCCACCCUACACGUAGCGAAAUCAUCGAACAAGCCGCCCUGGAAGGCCACGACGCAGAUAUCCCUUCGAAUGUCGGCUCCCUCCAUCAAGUCCCAAGCCACACCAUUGACGCUCAGCUCGACCCAUGCCAUCCCUCCGCCCCCGAUCCCGAAAAAGGCGUGGCGGAAUCCCUUUCCAGCAACGAAGCCGGCAUUGGCAACGAGUGCGAGGACGAUCCAAAUGUGGUCUUCUGGGACGGCAUCGACGAUCCUGAGAACCCCAUGAAUUGGUCCGCGUUGAAGAAAUGGGGCACGGUGAGCAUUGUGUCUCUGCUGACGUUUCUGACGCCGCUCGCGUCGAGUAUGUUUGCGCCGGGGGUUCCAGAGGUCAUGAAGGAUUUCCAUUCAACUUCAAAUAUGCUUUCGAGCUUCAUGGUGUCGGUUUAUGUGUUGGGGUUCGCUUUUGGGCCGUCGAUAAUUGCGCCACUUUCGGAGAUGUACGGUCGCUUGCCGCUGUACCACAGCUGUGUAGCCUUCUUCAUCGUCUUCACGGUUGCGGCCGCCGUGUCCACCAACAUGACCAUGUUCAUUGUAUUCCGAUUUCUGAUGGGAACCUUUGGCGGGGCUCCGCAAGUACUUGGGGGAGGUACAAUUGCGGAUUUGAUAUCACGGGAGCAGCGAGGUACAGCCAUGUCGGUGUGGAUGAUGGGUCCAACAAUCGGCCCCUGCGUGGGCCCCAUAAUAGGCGGGUUCUUAACGGUGGCCAAAGGCUGGCGCUGGAACUUCUGGUUCGUAGCCAUUGUAACGGCCGCCUCGUUCCUCAUGGCGCUGCUCCUCAUGAAGGAAACCUCUGCGCCCAUCAUCCUCGAACGCAAAGCCCACCGUCUCCGCACCACGACGGGCAACCCCAAACUCCGCUCCAAACUGGCCUCGGACCUCUCCACAAAGGACCUCUUCCGCUUCUCCAUCGUCCGGCCUAUGAAGAUGCUGUUCCGCUCCCCCAUCUGCGCCGCCAUCUCAGUCUACAUUGCCAUCUCGUACACCUAUCUGUACAUCCUGUUCACGACAUUCACCUCGGUCUACAAAACCCAAUACCACUGGCACGGCGGCAUCGUGGGGCUCUCAUUCCUCGGAAUCGGAAUCGGCUCGCUGCUCGGCCAAUUCGUCUUCACGCAUUUCGGGAACCGCAUCGCGAGCAGACACCUCGAAGCGGGGACGUUUGUCCCCGAGCACCGGCUCCCCGUCAUGGCAGCAGGCGCCGUGAUGCUGCCCAUUGGGUUUUUCCUGUACGGCUGGAGCGUGCAGUAUGCGCUGCACUUCAUGGUGCCCAUGGUUGGGAGUGGCUUCGUGGGGUUUUCGCUCCUCAUGAUCUUCAUGCCCGGCACCACGUAUUUGGUCGAUGUUUUUACCGUGCAUGCUGCGAGUGCCAUGGCGGCGAGUACGGUUUCGAGGAGUCUUUGUGCUGCGCUUGUUCCUUUGAGCAGCGAAAAGAUGUACGCGGCGAUGGGGUAUGGAUGGGGCAAUAGCUUACUGGGUUUCGUCGCGUUGCUGUUCACACCCAUUCCGUUCUUGUUUAUGAAGUUUGGCGAUCGCAUACGGGCGUCUGGGAACGUGAAACUGUGA